CGGGAGUGCCAGGAGCUCUUCUGGGGCGACCCAGGCGUGGAGUGCCAAGCUUGUGAUUGCAAUCCUCAUGGCAUCCAGACCCCACAAUGUGACCGUGCCACCGGGCAGUGCAUCUGCAACGAAGGGGUGGAAGGGCCACGCUGUGACAAGUGCUCCCGGGGCUACUCGGGCUUCUUCCCCGACUGCGUGCCAUGCCACCAGUGCUUCGCCCUCUGGGAUGUGAUCAUCAGCGAGCUGGCUAAUAGGACCCAGCAGUUCCUGGAUAGGGCUAAUGCCCUCAAAAUCACUGGAGUCACUGGCCCAUACCAGCAGACGCUCAACACCCUGGAGGAGAAACUCAGUGAAAUUAAAACCAUCAUCGCUCAAAAUCCAGCUGCCGAGCCCCUGAAGAACAUUGGGAAUCUCUUCGAGGAAGCAGAAAAGCUGACAGCAGAUGUUACAGUUAAGAUAGCUGACAUAGAAGAAAACCUGUCAGCCUUAGCAGUGAAGAGCAAUAGCACGGACACUGACCUGAGCGCGCUGGAGACAGAUGCCAAAAGCCUAGACCGUGUCGUGAAAGAACUUGCAGAACAGCUAGAGUUCAUCAAGAUUUCUGAUGUUCGGGGAGCCUUGGAUAGUAUCACCAAGUAUUUCCAGAUGUCUCUGGAGGCAGAGGAGAGGGUCAAUGCCUCCACUGUUCACCCUGAUAGCGCCGUGGAGCUCUCAGCACAAACGCGGCAGGAAGUGGAAGACUUAAUCAAUGAGAAGGAGGCCCAGUUCAAGGCUAAACAAGAGGAGCAGUCGCGCCUUCUGGAUGAACUCGCAGGCAAGCUGCAGAGCCUGGAUCUCUCCGAAGUGGCUGAGAAGACGUGUGGCACUCCCGCAGGAGCCUCUUGUGCCGAGUCCGAGUGCGGCGGUUUAAACUGUCGAACCGAUGAUGGAAAGAAGAAGUGCGGGGGACCUGGCUGCGAUGGGCUGGUGACCGUGGCUCACAACGCCUGGCAGAAAGCCAUGGAUUUUGACACAGACAUCCUCAGCGCAUUAGCAGAAGUUGAGCAGCUCUCCAGAAUGGUUUCUGAGGCGAAACAGAGAGCUGAUGAAGCAAAACAAAAUGCACAAGAAGUUUUGCUCAAAACAAAUGCUACAAAAGAACAAGUGGACAGAAGCAAUGAAGAUCUGAGAAAUCUUAUUAAACAGAUCAGAGACUUCCUAAUGCAAGACAGCGCUGACCUGGAUAGCAUCGAGGCGGUGGCUAAUGAAGUGCUGAACAUGGAGAUGCCAAGCACUCCCCAGCAGCUGCAAGCCCUGACAGAAGAUAUUCGUGAGCGUAUAGAAAGCCUUUCUGAUGUUGAGGUCAUUCUGCAGCAGAGUGCUGGGGACAUUGCCAGAGCAGAAAUGCUACUGGAGGAAGCUAAAAAAGCAAGCAAAGGUGCAACAGAUGUUAAAGUCACUGCAGACAUGGUGAAAGCAGCACUGGAAGAAGCUGAAAGAGCUCAAGAUGCAGCUGAAAAAGCCAUCAAACAAGCUGACGAAGAUAUUAAAGGAACUCAAGACCUGCUGACCUCGAUUGAAUCUGAAAAUGCAGCAUCUGAAGAAACACUGAACAAUGCUACCUUACGUUUGUUUGAGCUAGAGAAGAGUGUUGAAGACCUUAAGCAAAAGGCUGCCACAAAUUCAGAGAAUGUGGACAAUAUAGAAAAAAAAAUUGUUACUGCAAAAAAAAAUGCUGAAGAAGUUACAAAGGUCCUCAAUACCGAGCUGAACGACAAAUACAGAACAGUGGAAGACCUCAUUGCCAAGAAGACAGAAGAGUCAGCCGAUGCUAGGAGGAAAGCCGGCAUGUUACAAGAUGAAGCUAAAGCCUUGCUGGCUCAAGCAAACAGCAAACUCCAGCUGCUCAAAGACUUGGAAAAUACAUAUGAAAACAAUCAAAAAGUUCUGGAAGAUAAAGCCAAGCAGUUGGUGGAACUGGAAGAGACAGUUCGCUCCCUCUUACAGACAAUCAGCCAGAAGGUUGCUGUUUAUAGCACUUGCUUAUAAAUGGGAGCAGGAAAUGCUUGUGUUCAGGCUAGAUUUUGCAAGUAUUACACCAGUUCUUUUUGACAUUACACUAAGCCUUGAUAAAGUGAAGAGGUUUUAUAUUGACUUUCAAGUCACAGAACCAAAGACAAGUAAUUUUUUGAUGUUGAAAUAAACAGUACUUUUGUAUCACUGUAUGUACCUAGUAUGCCUCAUUAAGUUCCUAUUUUCAGUAGCUGAAAUAGUAAAUCAAUUAAUCCUUUAGUAAGUCUUGUUUUUAAACUGGUUAGACAUCUAAUAAAAUCUUAGCUUCAACUAUGUAA